AUUUUAUUUUUUAAAAUAAGGUCGCACUUCUCAAAGCAUCACCGAUCAAAAUUCUCCUGAACUUUAACCGUAAAACUGACACGUGUAUCAUCUUCUUCCACACUGUUCUUAUAAAUUCUCAUCUAAAAUCUCUUUGUACACUCAAAACCUUCAUCCUCAGACCAAUAAGCAGAGAAAAACAAAGGUUAAUCAUCAUCUGAUUAUUGUAUAAUCGUUAGAUCUUCUCAUUAACAUCUCCUAAUUUCAAGAUGGUGUCGGAUGCGAGUAAGAAGAGAGAGGCACAGAAGAAGGCAGCUGCAGCUGCAAAGAGAGAAGGGAAAUCUAAGGCGGCUGCGAUGAAAGCAGCAGCGGCUGCAACAGCUGCUCCGGCAGAGAGUAACAGUGUUGAUGAGUUAACAAAUGGUGUAGGAGAAAUUCAGUUGUCUGAUCGGACUUGUACGGGUAUUUUGUGUUCACAUCCACUUUCCAGAGAUAUUCGGAUAGAAUCUUUAUCACUUACUUUCCAUGGACAUGAUCUUAUAGUUGAUUCUGAACUGGAGCUCAACUAUGGAAGACGUUAUGGUUUGCUUGGGCUUAAUGGCUGCGGGAAGUCUACUCUUCUUUCUGCUAUAGGAUGCCGUGAACUUCCCAUCCCAGAUCAUAUGGAUAUCUUUCAUCUAACACGGGAGAUUGAAGCAUCUGACAUGUCCUCACUUCAAGCUGUUAUUAGUUGCGAUGAAGAGAGGUUGAGAUUGGAAAAAGAAGUUGAAGUCUUGGCUGCACAGGAUGAUGGUGGCGGAGAGCAACUUGAACGCAUCUAUGAGCGUUUGGAAGCUUUGGACGCAUCAACUGCUGAGAAGCGUGCAGCUGAAAUCUUGUUUGGUCUUGGAUUUAACAAGAAAAUGCAAGAACAGAAAACACGAGAUUUUUCUGGUGGCUGGAGGAUGAGGAUUGCUCUUGCUCGGGCCCUGUUCAUGAAUCCGACCAUUUUGCUGCUUGAUGAACCCACCAAUCAUCUUGACCUAGAGGCUUGCGUGUGGUUAGAAGAAACUUUGAAGAAGUUUGACCGUAUUCUGGUUGUUGUUUCACACUCGCAAGAUUUUCUAAAUGGUGUGUGUACUAACAUCAUCCAUAUGCAAAAUAAGAAGUUGAAGCCCUACACUGGCAAUUAUGAUCAAUAUGUCCAAACUCGUGUGGAGCUGGAAGAGAAUCAGAUGAAAAUGUACAGAUGGGAGCAGGAGCAGAUUGCUUCAAUGAAGGAGUACAUUGCUCGUUUUGGACACGGAUCGGCCAAACUAGCCCGUCAAGCACAAAGCAAAGAGAAAACACUGGCUAAGAUGGAGCGUGGAGGGCUUACAGAAAAGGUGGUGAAGGACAAGGUCCUUGUCUUCCGGUUUCCUAAUGUUGGCAAACUUCCUCCUCCUGUUCUGCAGUUUGUGGAUGUGACAUUUGGUUACACACCCGAUAAUCUCAUUUACAAGAAUCUAGAUUUUGGUGUAGACCUUGAUUCAAGGGUGGCUCUGGUGGGACCUAAUGGAGCUGGAAAGAGCACACUACUUAAGCUGAUGACAGGGGAUUUAGUUCCCCUUGAUGGCAUGGUUAGGCGGCAUAAUCACCUGCGGAUUGCACAGUUCCACCAGCACCUGGCUGAGAAGCUUGACAUGGAAUUAUCUGCUCUUCAAUUCAUGAUAAAAGAGUAUCCUGGGAAUGAGGAGGAGAAGAUGAGGGCAUCAAUCGGGAGGUUUGGUCUUACUGGUAAAGCUCAAGUAAUGCCUAUGAAGAACUUGUCAGACGGUCAACGUAGCCGGGUAAUAUUUGCGUGGUUAGCUUUUAGGCAACCUCACAUGCUGCUUCUGGAUGAACCAACCAACCAUCUCGAUAUUGAGACAAUUGACUCACUUGCGGAGGCUUUGAAUGAAUGGGACGGUGGCAUGGUUCUGGUUAGUCAUGAUUUCAGGCUCAUAAACCAGGUUGCCCAUGAGAUAUGGGUAUGUGAAAAUCAAACUGUGACACGGUGGGAGGGUGACAUUAUGGACUUCAAGCUACACUUGAAGGCGAGGGCCGGAUUAGGUGAUUGAAGCAGACAUUCCAAGUUCUAAUAGUACUAGCAAGUCAUAAUCUGGCUGCUUCUCCAGGCCUAACAUUUAAGUCCGAAGAGAAAAACAUCGGCAUCAGGCUAUCAGCAGCUACAGUUUUAGUGACACCGUGCCUAGUUUUGUAUGCCAUAAAGAAGAAGUGAUUGUGGUUACCAUAUGACCGGCUUCAUGUUUUCUUUGGUGCCAUGUUUUUGUUGUCCAGAGGAAGAAGUAGCUGCUGCCUGCUAACUUGAUGCAUUACAUAAACGUCACCUUUUGUUGUUGUCUAUGUUGUAUCUUGCUAUAUUUGUUCUUUAGAAUUUUGGGAUUUCACUGCAGGUAUAGAUUUACCUUUUCAUUUUAAAGAGUGUACGUAUGUUUGACAAGUAUAUAUAUUAGCACUAAAAAUUUGCUUUGGUAUAAA